GUGCAUUUUUGUUUCCGCCAGGCACUUUAUUGAGAAAGUGAUUCGGCUGAUAUUCUGAUCCACCAUGACGCUGGUCCGUCUGCUGAGGGUGGCUGUCUUCCCCCUGCCACGUCUGGCAGGUGGCAGUGCACCUGGUCCACGCCUCCAAAUGGCUUCAGUGUUAACAUCACAGCGGCCAAUGUGGCGCAGCCUCUUCACUGCAAGGCCACUACUACAGGCAGCAGACAAGGCUGUAAAGACUAAGGUGGCACCUCGAGAACUGCGGCGUUUGCUGGCUCUUGCUAAGCCAGAGCGCUGGAAGCUUGGAGGAGCUGUGUGUCUGCUGCUGGUGUCCAGCGCCGUGACGAUGGCAGUUCCGUUCGCCAUUGGGCGAGUGGUGGACAUCAUUUACCGGGAGGAGGCAGGCCAGGCACGCGACCGUCUUGUCACCAUCUGCCUGGGCCUGGCAGUGGUAUUUGUGAUUGGCGCGGCAGCCAACUGCGGACGGGUCUAUCUGAUGACUGUGGCAGGCGCGCGGAUCGCUCAGGCGCUGCGCGGCUCCGUGUUCGGCACGCUGAUGCGACAGGAGGUGGCCUUCUUCGACCGCAGUCGGACCGGCGAGCUGGUGAACCGGCUGUCGGCCGACACGGCGCUGGUCAGUCAGACUGUGACCAGUAACAUCUCGGACGGACUGAGAGCCACCGCCAUGGCUGCCGCCAGCGUCUCCAUGAUGUUUUACGUGUCGACGAAGCUGGCGAUGGUGGGUUUGGCCAUCGUGCCUCCUGUAGCAAUGGUGGCCGUCGUGUACGGCAGAUACGUCCGAAAAAUCACCAGACAAGUGCAGGACGGUCUGGCUGAGGCGAACGCGGUCGCUGAGGAGAAGCUGGCCAACAUGCGCACCGUGCGGGUCCUGGCCCGUGAACAGCAGGAGACGGAGAACUACACCAACAGCACACUGCACGUGCUGGAGCUGAGCCGACGCGAGGCCAUUGCACGAGCCGGCUUCUUCGGAAUGACGGGUCUCAGCGGCAACAGUGUGAUCCUGGCGGUGCUGUAUUACGCCAGCACGCUGGUCGGAGCCGGGGAGGUCACGGUCGGAGACCUGUCCGCCUUCCUCCUGUACGCCGCCUACGCCGGAGUGGCCGUCGGCGGUCUGAGCUCCUUCUACACCGAGCUGCAGCGCGGCCUGGGCGCCAGUACGCGCCUGUGGCAGCUGGUGGACCGUCAGCCGGAGCUGCCCUUCACGGGCGGACUGCGGCCGGAGAGCGUGCGCGGAGACCUGACGCUCAGUGGAGUGACGUUCUCCUACCCCAGCCGGCCGGAGGACGCGGUGCUCCAGGACCUCAGUCUCACCGUGCCGCACGGCUCUGUGAUGGCGGUGGUGGGCGCCAGUGGCUCGGGUAAAUCCACCAUCGCCUGGCUGCUGCUGCGGCUGUACGACCCACAGGCGGGCACGGUGACACUGGACGGCACAGACGUCCGGAAACUGGACCCCAUGUGGCUCCGGGAGCAGAUCGGUGUCGUCAGCCAGGAGCCGGUGCUGUUUUCGACCACUAUCCGUGAGAACAUCCUGUACGGCGCGCGGGACCCGGCCGCUGUCAGCGAGCAGCAGCUCCGCUCUGCCGUCCAGCAGGCCAACGCCGCCGAGUUCAUCGACAGGCUGAGCCACGGGAUGGACACAGUGGUGGGAGAGCGGGGAGUGAUGCUGUCCGGCGGACAGAAACAGAGGAUCGCCAUAGCGCGCGCCAUUCUCAAGAGCCCGCGGCUGCUGCUGCUGGACGAGGCCACUAGCGCGUUGGACUCGGAGAGUGAGAGUCUGGUCCAGGAGGCGCUGCGGAGGCUGAUGGACGGGAGGACGGUCAUCACCAUCGCCCACCGUCUCAGCACCGUCCGACAGGCCGACUGUAUCGCGGUGCUAAGCGGCGGCACGGUGGCCGAACAGGGCUCCUACGAGGAGCUGAUGGCUCGUCCGGACGGCUUGUUCCGUAAGCUGGUGGAGCGACAGACUAUCGAGAGCUGAGAACGCCGAGCCAACAGGUGAAGGAGGGCGACGAGUGGAUAGGAGCGCCGCCGCGCGACGGGUCACAGGAUGUCGGUCGGUCGUGAGUACGAGACCGAUCGAGAGACAGAUGAAACGCGAGCCCCGCGGAUGGAUAACGAAUAUUGAAAGGUCAACACGUGGGUGAGAUGCUAUUUAUUGUCGGCUCAUCUAGGGUCAGAACUUGGGUGUGGUUCGUAGGUUACCGCCCCUGAGACGGACUUUGAGCUUAGUUUGAAGCCCUCCGUAUUCCGAUCAUACCGCCUGGUCUGCUUUACUGUUAUGCUUCAGAGUCGGUAGCCACUUGUGUUCUUUAGUUCGAUUUACCGAUGCUUCGACGCGCAGAAAAGAAUUGUUAUACCUGUUCCGAAUAGUUUUAAUACGUUGCCCCUGUUAUGUUGACAAUUGACAUGUACGGGGACUCGGUUGUGACUGGGUUCAACGUUGAUGCAUAUUGAGAUCCGCCAGGUAGUCCCCACUAUGCACAUCAGAAUGUAGAAGAAGAAAUAUUGCGGAGUAAAGCAUAAUAAAUUGCAUAAUUUACAGGUAGAGCUUCCAAGCCUCUAGGAUAUUAAGUGUUAAUUGCUGAGCUUCAUUGGAUAACGCAGUUCAAAUACCGUGACUAAUUAACAUAUCGGUCUAAAACACAAUUCAGUGCUACUGCCAAUGGUUAUCUGGCUGGCCUAUUAUUGUGCAUGCUGGAUUUUUAUAGUUUAUUCACACGCCUUACGGGCUGCCUCAAUAGUCACUCACUGGUUGAGUCGAGAGGUGGCAGAGAUAGUGAAAGCAAGCACGAGAGCUCAGCGUAUGAUAUACUGGCUGUGAACGCCCCAGACACCGAGGUGACUCCGUCACAUCAGCCGUCUGGUGCCGCCUGAUCCAGAUCGCUCUUCCAUUACAGCCUCUCUCUCUCUCUCUCUCUCUCUCUCUCUCCUCUCUCUCUCUCUCUCUCUCUC